GUUAUCCAGGCUUCCAAGCUGCCACCUACGCGAGUCGAAGUUACACUGGCAUUGCACCUGGCUACACUUACCAGUUCCCUGAGUUCCGUGUAGAGCGGACCCCUCUCCCGAGUGCCCCCGUCCUCCCUGAGCUCACAGCAAUCCCCCUCACUGCGUAUGGACCAAUGGCGGCAGCAGCGGCUGCGGCGGCCGUGGUGCGAGGGACAGGUUCCACCCCCAGCCGCACCGGUGGAUUUCUGGGUACCACCAGCCCCGGGCCGAUGGCAGAGCUUUAUGGAGCUGCCAACCAGGACUCAGGGGUCAGCAGUUACAUCAGCGCUGCCAGUCCAGCCCCGAGCACUGGCUUCGGCCACAGCCUAGGGGGUCCCUUGAUUGCAACAGCUUUUACCAAUGGGUAUCACUGAAGCUGGGGACCAAGGAGGCAGGAGGUAAGAGAGCUUCGAACAGGAACGGGUAAUGAGAGAAGUUCUGAGCUGGCCCCUCUGCUUGGGCUCUUGGCAGGAGCUGUGGAUGCUGCUGUGAGGCUCGCUGGCCUGACCCAGCCUGUGAGAGGAGUCCUGUGGCCAGCCUGGGGCUCUCUUCUGCACCAGAGGCUUGGCAGGUUGGGUUCCUACCUUACGCUCCCCAGGCUGGGAGUGCUGUGGAGAGGUC